GACCGUGGGGGUGGCUGCAGGUCUGGGUGAGAACCUGGGGCUCAUUCUAGAGACCUGGAGAUCCUUUUGGGGUUUUGGGUAGAGCAGUGACUGCGUCUGACCUCUCUUUCUUCAGGCUCACCCUCGCGGCUGUGUCGAGUUUGAGGGAAAGGGCAGGAGCAACACAUGGAGAAUGAGUCCUGAGAUAAUACCACGUGCACCUGUGGGAGCAGUGGGGCUAGAGAAAAACGUUCCAGACGCGUUUCAGAAUGCAGAGUGAACAGAUUCGCCUGUGCUCCCCCUACGGGAUGUGAGAGAAUUUGAAGAACCAGGAAUGACUUCCAUGUUUCUGGUCUGAUCACCUGGAGGGAAGUGGGGGUGGUGGUAUCCCAGGUGUGACAUGAGGAGGAACGUGGAAGGGGCGAGUUUGACAGGACACGGAUCAGAAAUUGAGGUUUGGAUGUAUAAGGCUUGCGAUGCCUGUGUGGGCAGGUGGAGCUGCUGAGUAGCCAGUGGAUGUAGGAGCCAGGAGCUGCGGGCAGUGGCUUUGACCCCUGUCCAUCAGAGCAGGGCCUCCAGUAGCCCUGUUGAAUCCCCACGGCCAUUCCUAGCAGUGGCGCUGGGUAGACAGGGACCGGCCUUGGGUAGCUCUGUCCUGGAGUGGUCCAACUUUCCCACGGGCACUCGCUGGGAGUCCCAGAUCCAGGCAGGAAGGCCACGGGCCGGUGAUUGUGAAGGCUUCCCUGAGCCUGCAGUGGAAAAGCUGCCAUUUCUGCUCUUCUCCCUGUCAAGGCACUCCUGAGGCCCCGCAGAGGGAGACACCAGCCUUGCGAGCCGCCGAGCCGCUGGAGGAGCUAUUUCCCUAGCGACGAUCUCUCCCCCUUCAGACUUCCCAGAGCAGUGGCAGGACUUCAGCCGCUCCUCCCUCCCCGGGGCUUGAGUCUCUCCCCUGCUGGUCCAGCAUGCUGUGCCCACCCUACGCCACGGUGCACUGACCAUGAGCUUCAACUCCUCCCUCGGCCACAGAAAGGAGCUGAGUAACCUCACCGAGGAGGAGGCUGGUGAAGGGGGCAUCAUCAUCACGGAGUUCAUCGCCAUCAUCGUCAUCACCGUCUUUGUCUGCCUGGGCAAUCUGGUCAUCGUGGUCACCUUGUACAAGAAGUCCUACCUCCUCACCCUCAGCAACAAGUUCGUCUUCAGCCUGACGCUGUCCAACCUGCUGCUGUCCGUGCUGGUGCUGCCUUUCGUGGUGACCAGCUCCGUCCGCAGGGAAUGGAUCUUUGGCGUGGUCUGGUGCAACUUCUCCGCCCUCCUCUACCUGCUCAUCAGCUCGGCCAGCAUGCUCACCCUCGGGGUCAUUGCCAUCGACCGCUACUAUGCCGUCCUGUACCCGAUGGUGUACCCCAUGAAGAUCACCGGGAACCGGGCCGUGAUGGCACUCGUCUACAUCUGGCUUCACUCCCUCAUUGGCUGCCUGCCGCCCCUGUUUGGCUGGUCAUCCGUGGAGUUUGAUGACUUCAAGUGGAUGUGUGUGGCCGCCUGGCACAGGGAGCCCGGCUACACCGCCUUCUGGCAGAUCUGGUGUGCCCUGUUCCCCUUUGUGGUCAUGCUGGUGUGCUAUGGCUUCAUCUUCCGCGUGGCCAGGGUCAAGGCACGCAAGGUGCACUGUGGCACGGUGGUCAUUGUGGAGGAGGAUGCCCAGAGGAACGGACGGAAGAACUCCAGCACCUCCACCUCCUCUUCGGGCAGCAGGAGGAACGCCUUUCAGGGUGUGGUCUACUCAGCCAACCAGUGCAAAGCCCUCAUCACCAUCCUGGUGGUCAUCGGUGCCUUCAUGGUCACCUGGGGUCCCUACAUGGUUGUCAUCACCUCCGAGGCUCUCUGGGGCAAGAACUAUGUCUCCCCGACCCUGGAGACCUGGGCCACGUGGCUGUCCUUCACCAGUGCCAUCUGCCAUCCCCUGAUCUACGGACUGUGGAACAAGACGGUUCGCAAAGAACUCCUGGGCAUGUGUUUUGGGGACCGGUAUUACCGGGAGCCUUUUGUGCAGCGACAGAGGACUUCCAGGCUCUUCAGCAUUUCCAACAGGAUCACAGACCUGGGCCUGUCCCCGCACCUCACGGCGCUCAUGGCGGGCGGCCAGCCCCUGGGGCACAGCAGCAGCACCGGCGACACUGGCUUCAGCUGCUCUCAGGACUCAGGAACGGAUGUGAUGCUGCUUGAAGACUACCCAUCUGAUGAUAACCCCCCCUCCCACUGCACUUGCCCGCCCAAGAGGAGGAGCUCAGUGACGUUUGAGGAUGAAGUGGAACAAAUCAAAGAGGCUGCCAAGAACUCGAUUCUUCAUGUGAAAGCCGAAGUACACAAGUCCUUGGACAGUUACGCAGCCAGUUUGGCCAAAGCCAUCGAGGCGGAAGCCAAACUCAACUUAUUUGGGGAAGAGGCCUUGCCAGGGGUCUUGUUCGCGGCACGGACUGUCCCAGGGGCUGGCUCAGGGGGCCGCCGAGGCAGCAGAACGCUUGCGAGUCACAGGCUGCAGCUGCGGAGCAUCGCAGAAGGGAACAUUUUAGCCGCAGAACAGAAGUGAGGGCCUCGGGGCGGGCCGGGGCUGCAGUCGGAGAUGCUGCCUGUGCCGGGCCCUGCCAGCUCCUCACUGCGUCCAGUGAGCCAAUGCAGAGAAGCAGCAACAUCUGGGACGCAGCCACCGGGAGAACUGGAUAUAGUCUCCAGCCUGGGGCGCCAGUGUCUGCUGUGGGACCACACGGGGGCGUCUCUGAGGCUUCUACUGUGCGUCGAAGAGCAGAGGGAGGUGUGGCUGUUGCCUGUUGGGAGGUGGGGCCAGAGAGGUUGGGGGCGGCUGGGGGAAGCCAGAGAGGCCGAGCUUGGAGGGAAGCCAUCCCAUGAGUCAUUGCCUCCUCUUCACAACCUGUGGAGGGCAGCACGGUGCUUCUUAACAUCGUCAAGUUCACGUCCAGGGCUGCAGCAUGUUGAAACAGGCAGUGUGGGGGCAAUCGGUUCUAGGCGGAAUGGUGGGGCAGCGAGCACCUGGGAGCCUCCACACCCUGUCCUCGUUAGGACCCGGCUGUCCGUGGCCCUGCCUGCUGGUGCUGAAGGGAGGGCCCGUGCUGCCCCCAUCCCUGCUGGCAGACAUGGGGCAUUUGGAAAGAGGGGAGAAACCACUACAAAAGACAGGAGGAAGGGGCAGGCACCAGGUGUUUCAUUUCCAGGGCUUCGAAAGCCCUCUGGUUAGGGCACAGCACAGCAUUCCUGAGACCGGAUGGGACUGUGGUGGCGAGCACUGGCUGAUAGUGUCUACUGGAGAGAAUGCCGUCACAUAGGGAAGCCUCACUGAACACUCUCUACGCGAUGUUCCAGUGCCAGCACGCCGCCAAGAGCAAGUUAGGUUAUGGCGACUCUGGGUCAGUGUGAGGUAGGAGAGAGACUGGACAGAGUGCAACCUGGGUUCCUGGCUCAGCCCUAGCUGUGUGCACACGUCCUCUGGAACAUCCGGUCACCCCCUCUCUGUAAAAUGGGAGAGGGAGUUGGAUUGAAUGGUCUCCAAGACCACCUCCUGCUCUGAUCCUUGGUGUCCUCUUGACUACAGAGGUAGGAAAAACAGUAACAACAAAGUGGACCACAAAUCUGCAUUUGCAUUCUUCUGCGUGUAGCUCCCAGUGGGUGUGAAGUGCCCUCGCGGACUUGGCUGCUGGGGCGCAGUGGCCCACGCCGAGACGCCGUGUGGAGGAAGAGGGGCUUUAUGCCUCCUCUCCCUCAAGAUGAAGCAGCAGCAGAAGUCUGGGCGUGGAACGAUUGCUGCGGUGACUGAGGAAGCCACCGUCACCCCCUCCACUGCCCUUCCGGCGGCUGAGGAGCUGAGCCCAGGACCCAGGACCCUCCGUGCCUUGGUCAGCAGUGCUGGAUUCCAAGGCCGCCUUGCUGUGCCGGCUCCUAGGCAGCUAUUCCACAAAGGAAUGACAUCUGCGGGGUUUUCCUUGGGGUCUCGGUUGCUCCUGAUGAGACACGGUCCUUUUGCUAUGUGGCAGAAGGCAGUGAUUGGUCCCGAGGCCUGGGACUUGGUUCCUUCGUGGUGACUGAAUCCCACAUGGCUCUUCUGGGUCCCGGUGUGUGCUGAUGCCACGGGGCAGACUGCCCUCACUACUGGGUGGCAUUUCUUCCUCCGAUUGAGGGUGAUCGAGGUUUUCCCUCUCUGUUCUGUGUAAUUUCUUUCCUAGCACUUGUCUGGUUUUUUUUUUUUUUUUUCCCUCUAUAUUUAUUUGAAAGACAGAGUUACAGAGAGAGGUAGAGACAGAGAGGUCUUCCAUCCACUGGUUCACUCCCCAGAUGGCUACAACAGCUGGAGCUGUGCCAAUAAGGAGCCAGGAGCCUCUUCCAGGUCUCCCAUGUGGGUGCAGGGGCCCAAGGACUUGGGCCAUCUUCUGCUGCUUUCCCAGGCCACAGCAGAGAGCUGGAUCGGAAGAGGAGCAGCCGGGACUAGAACUGGCACCCAUAUGGGAUGCUGGCGCUUCAAGCCAGGGCUUUAACCUGCGCCACCGUGCCGGCCCCUUGUCUGGUUUUCUAAGGGACCAUGUUCCCCAUCAGCAGUAAGCACAGACAUAGGACAGGGCCAUGAGGCCUUUACCUCCAGGCUCGGUCACCAGGUAGGCCCUCUCCAGCACUGCAAAUUGGCUUGGAACCCAAGGGCUGGGGAAGGCGCCCCUGACUGCCUGCAGCUGGGCUCCAGGGAAGAACCCUGGGACCACCCAGGUCCCCACUGGCUGACCGCAGCCCAGCUGGGAUGUGAUGGGAGUUGAUCUGAAUUGGUCUAGAAGGACUGCAUUUCACAAAGGGACUCAGUUCCCCCUUGUUUUUAAGCCGAGGUGUGUUUGACACUACACAAACACCGUGUAAAAGGACCCUCCCAGGCUCUGCGGGCAAUAAUGCUGGUGUGUCUUUCCUGUGCUCCGUUAGGGAGAAAGACCUGGGCAGGUUCUAAUAAAACCUCCCAGGCAGUGAUGAGAGAACUGUGGCACCAGCAUGGGGGUGGUAUUUCCAACCAGAAGUUAGGCACAGCUCCUUUGAGGUUGGGUGACCAUGGGAGCUAAGUCUCAGGGGGUGUUUGGCAGCUGGGGCCAUAUUUUGCAUAUCCAGGAAUUCAAAUUUGCCUUAAUGCAGCUGAGAGAGGUGGAAGUGGGAGUGGGGAAAGAGAAUCUCCCUUCCAUACGUUCCGAGGACCCGAGAGGCAUUUCUGAGGAGCGCCCCCACCCGCUCCCACUAAACCCAGGCUCAUUAGCUGUGAAUUGCUGUACAGUGGCAGGCUUAAAGCCACCCAGAGGGGACCUUGUGGACACUGGCAGGCGGGACUUCUGGCCACUUGUUUGCUUAAAUCCCUCAGUCCUGGGUCUUCCAGUUGUGGGAAGACCACUCUUAGGGCUGCUGGCCAUCUCUGCUUUCCUCACUGAGCUUCCCAGCUGCCAAGGUGCCUGUGUUAUGCUCCAGAAUGGAGGUUGCUGUGACCCAGAAGGCACUGGGAGUCCCACAUGACGACGUAGCACACUGCUGCACCUCAGCUCUUCCCCGGGCAGGACACAAGACUGGAGUUCAGGACCUUAGACUCUAGGUGGCAGCAGUGUGGCUGUGCAGAGCCUCAGCCAAGCUGUUCUUGGCAGACAGGAAGCACCACCCCUGAGCCUGCUUCCCUGAGUGACCCCAGUCAGGGUCACAGGUGCUGCCCCCACUCAGCUGUGUGGUCUUCCACAAAUCGCUGCUCCUGGAGGAGCGGGUUAAGGUCUGUAAGACAAGGGCCACCUAGCACCAGUGUUCCUGGGUUCUCUCGAGGGAGGAGCUGCUGAGUCUGCAAAGAGCUGAGCAACCAGGGGGAUGACCUCAGUAUGUGCAGUCGGGACAGGGGAAGGAUGCACAGCGCUCUGAUACAGUGAGAGCUUGCUAAGUCUGUUUAGAGUUAACUCUGAGCGUCCCAUCCCGAAAUGCCUGAGAGAGACACACGCAGACAUGGAUGCAUCACAGGAUGCUCCGGAAAUGUGUUCAGCCUGGAGCGCCUUCUGUCUCCUGUCUGGUGGGUGACGCGAAGUGGCCAUGCAGAGAAGGCAGGAAGCACGUACUGACCGGUUACAUCUAAUGGUGACGGACACUCCAUUAGGCAGUUCCCAAACUUCCUUUCACUUCAGCACAACCGUGACAUGGAGAAGAGUGCAAACGUGGGUGUGGUGAGGUCCCAAGUUCUGAUCCCGGGCUGCCACUUACUGGCUGCGUGUUCGGGGCAAGUGAGUGUGUGUGCCUCUCAAUUCCAUUAUCUGUAACGUGCAGUUCUGUAGUCAUUUCCUAUGUAGAGAGACAGGAUUCAGUGGCCUCCCUCACAGGGCGACUGUGUGGAUUCCAGGAAGACAUCUUGGGAAGCAUCGGACACGGAACACAGUAUCUGGGGUGCGGUGGAAGCGGAGCCGCUGGCCUUGUCUUUAACUGUGAGGGGGGUUACUCUUGUUUUACAGGAAUCUCUGUUACCAAGUGGGAACCUUGAGAUGAUAACCACUUAGGUGGGAGGUGUUGAAGGUGCUGCACAGGAAUUGUGAGUUCUGUACACCCAGGACUCUUGAGAAGGGACGGGGUGAGAAAGCAGAAGGCAACAGAGUCGGGUGGGAAGGCAAUAAAUAGCAUUGGUGCUCAUAAAGUCUAAGGGAGCACAAGUGAGCUUCUCUGUUAAAAAUUAUGUACCCUCUGUGCUACUGGCCUGUUUGCACAAAGAUGAAAUAAUUCUUUGAGGAUGAUUCGCCCCUGGGGCCAGGUGGAGUCUCACAUCACCACAUAAAUUCAGCCCAGAGGGGACCCUCUCCCAGGAAAGUGCCCCAGGUGCUGCGGUGAGAGGGACUGCCUGGCUGACUCGGGUUCACAGAAUCCCUAGUCUUCUGAGGGUAGAGGCAGGGCAGAGGGAGCACACCACACACAAAGUAUGCAGGCCCUGGGACGGGGGGGUGAUCCCAGUCUCCAAAGGAAACCGGCUGCGCUCAGCCAGCAGUGUCACUGCGGGGAGGGGCAGAGCCAUACUGUGCUUGUGGGUUGGGCAAAAGGGACACAGAAGUUAGGGAGGCCUAGGAGGAAAGUCCAAGGCUUCAAAGUGAGUAAGUAAAGCCAGAAUCGUGGCUGAAUUCCAGGACCUGGCCAUGGGGCUGAGAGGAGCGGAGCCAGCCUGUGGCUCAGGGGGAGGGAGAGUUCAGAGUGGUCAGUAUUAGACGAAUGGGUCCGUGAGGCUUUAUUACAUAGCUAGGAGGGGCAUGGCAGAUAAUCAGAUCUAGGUCAGACCUAAAGGAACCAAAGGCCCAAGGCAAGUGGAUUCACUGGGAAGAAUUCAAAGCACAAUCUCCACAAGAGUUCCCAAAGCACGAACUUGCUCAGUGUUUCAGGAGAAUGUGAUACACAGAGCCGCAUGCGUUUCCCUCAGAAAGCAUUUUCCUGAGCAGGGACAGGGACGGGAAUUAGGAGCCACCUGACACCAUUCUGAAAUACUGCAAAUCACACACCAGGCAGCCUCUCCCAGAGGGAAACCGUCUCAGGGAGGUUCAUGGCCUGGGCCACAGCACGGGUAGAGCCUGUUUGUUCAUUAACAGGUCUGUCAGGGAUAAUGGGCCCCUGGGAGCAGAAAAGGUUAAAAACCAAUCCCCCCUCCAAAAAAAAAAAUCUAAAAUAUAUUUAACUUGAAGUUUCUGGAUGACAUUUUAAAAAGAUUAAGUGUUUAGGAUUAUAAUAUUUAUAAGCAACUAGAAGUAUAUUUAGGUAGUUUUGUUUACCUGAUUCAAUAUGGUUUUGGGAUGUGUACAGCUGUGGACUAUGUGGACUCUGUACUUGGACUUGUGGUCCGUGGGCUUUUUCUGGGUGCCUCUGCCUUCUCCCCUUUUCUCCAGCAGGGAGGAGUAGGCUGUUGCAGAACUGGGGGAGUGGGCAUACUGAAGUCAUCAGGUGUAUCUAUCCAGGCAUUUUUCAGAAAUUCCUCCAAGGCUGUUACUUUCAUGGAGUAUUGUUAAAUGACCUACUUCUCACCAUGGCCAAGAUACUCUAAACCCAGUCUUUAAAGAAGACCUAAUGAAUGCUAUUAUCUAUCCAUGUAUUUAUUGAUCAAUCAACAGACUUAUAUUUUCCAUUCUAUAAUAAAGUCAAAGAGGAUGAA